AUGGGCCAAACACCCGUCCUCGACCAAUUCCUCGGCAGUUUGCAGGAAUUGGUCCAGAAGCGCGAUGGCGCCAAAGUCCAGGACUUUCUUCAGCUCGAGCCGCCACUCUCUGAAGUCUACCAGCUUAUGGUCAAUGAAUUACAACAGAACUAUGCUCCAGGGGCCAGAGCCGAGACCGAACUUCUUCAACGAUGUGAGCCUCUCGUGCCGCGAUCCAAAGGUGGCUCAUGGACGGCCUUUCCAACCUUCGUCAAGCUUUACCUGAUCUUUCUACGCGAUAUGAAUACCGACAACUUAUUAGAAACAUACAACCAAUUGAAGACGCUACUCAAUCAAUGUGUGCUCGCCCUCGGAGAUAGUCAAAUGGGUGUGGUGGUUCUUCCUACGGUCCUCUACUUGUCCAAGGUUCUGGCAAAAUUGGCAAUGGGCCUCGAUCGUCGGCCAGACCUGAUUGCACAUAUUCGACGAAUGGAAGGCCUGGAGGCUCAAGAUGAGAGUGUUGAGAAAGUGACUUUGGUGGAAAAAUCGGCCAACGUGGUACGCGAAGCCUUCAUCAAGUGCCUCACUGAUCGCACCGGCACUCCCGGCCCUCAUGGUAAACCGGAAGGCAAGCGCAUUGGGAUCUAUCUCAUGGCCAAUCUCUGCCUAAAACUGCUCUUCCAGUGCGGCAAACUUCGCAACGCCGAGCAGAUGUUUGCAAGCAUCAGCGCCCAAUCGCCCCCCUUGGCCUACUUCCCAGCCUCACAGCGUGUCACCUAUCUUUACUACCUCGGACGCUAUCUUUUCGCCAAUAACCUCUUCUUCCCCGCCGCCAUCGCUUUGCAGGCCGCCUAUGAUCAAUGUCAUCGCCAGGCCAUCAGUCAAAGACACUUGAUCCUCUCAUACCUCAUUCCGUGCAACAUUAUCUUGGGCCGAUUCCCAUCCCAGGCACUCCUCCAACGACCGGAAGCACAAGGAUUAGCAGCACAUUUCCAGCCACUAUGUCGAUUAAUUGUCCGGGGAGAUUACCUGGCUUUCCGACAACAUCUCUUCUUUGGCUCGCCGACCGCCGAGUGGUUUGCGCGCAAAGGAAUUCUGUUUACCCUCCGUAAUCGAUGCGAGAUUCUCGUGUGGCGAUCUUUUGCCCGCAAAGUAUUCAUGUAUGGAGGUUCCUGGGGAGGCCCACAGGCGCAGGCGCAGAAGGGACCUCCACCAGUCCUCAACCUCAAAAAGCUCGUGGUGGCUACACGAUGGCUUCAAGCACAGCACGCAUCACCCGGAAAUGCCCCGGCCACAGCCAACCUCUAUGGAUCACAACUCGUUUUUGAACCUACAGAUCCCGAUUACGCUCGCCUAGAAGGGGCAAAUGGAAGGACCAGUCCCGCCACUGAUCAAGAGAUACUAGAAAAAUACGGGGAUUAUUUAGCUCCAGAUGGAUUUUAUACCGAAGAAGGGCGAUCACAACCCAACCAACCGGGCCACUUGGUCGAUGGAGAUCCAGAAGAUGAUUAUGACGAUUAUGAACUGGACCCAUAUGCAUACGACAUCGACGACAGGACACCAGACAGCUCCAUGAUGCAAGAGAUCGAAUCCAUUUUCGCAUCCUUGAUCUCACAAGGGCUGAUGGGCGGGUAUCUUCUUCAUCGCGAGCCCCGAUUCGCGGUUCCUGGUGCCAAAAUCAAAGGCAUCUUGCCCACAGGAUUCCCUAAUGUCUGGCAGACCAUCUCUGCACGUGAAGGUCAAGAUUCCAGUGUUCCUGGUUGGGUGCAGCCUCGGGCGCCUGCAGUAGGAGCAGCUGGAGGUGGCAGAGUGGUCAAUCUCGCUGGAGCACGUCCAGUUGGCGUCCAAUAG